AUGUUAAUACCUACUUGUAUUAUAAAGUUUAUGGAAUUAUCGCUGGCAAUAUCAUGUCUCACGUUACAUCAAUACAGUUACGAUCUAACCGAUUUGCCGACGCUGAUGCUCUGUUCGGGAACGUAUGUGGCAUAUAUCAUCGUGCUCUCCGGAGAAAUAGUAGGUGAAAUGAUUUUCGCGCCUUUAGACCUCGUUCAAGAUAUGUAUUUUGGAUUGCUCGGAGCCACAUUGUUUUCUACCAGUGGAGGUCUUGUCCUCUCAGCUAGAGUUCGAGGUGCCGCAUACCCGAGGACUGGUGACCACAACGCGGCCCUACUCGCUGGAUCGUUGGCUGUCGUGAACGCAUUUAUAAUGAUUUUCGAUCUAACCUUAGCUUAUAUGGACUCGGAGGAAUUCGAUGAUGAGGCCAGCGUAUGA